UUUUUUUUUUUUUUGUUUCAUUUCACUUUAUUUCAGAAGUCAUUUAACAAUGCUGUCACGAUUAACACAAGCUGGCGUUCGGUUAAGCACGAUUCAAAGAUCAGGUUUAAGAAAUGUAUCAUUAAAUCGACUUAAUCGCACUACAACAUUAUCACGUAAAGAUAUUCGAAAAUACUCCACUGAAAAAGAACCACCAAAGAAUAAAGAGAAUGAGCCUUUUAACAUUCCUAAGGGCUUUGAAAGCUUUUUUGGUAAACAAUCAGGCAAACAGGCCAAGAAAUCAGCUGAUGAAGCAGCUUCGAAAUAUACAAAGAAUACGUCCGAUCAAAUUCCUAAACCACCUCAAAAUAACAGUAAUGGGGGCAAUAAGCCUCCAGAAUGGAAUAUGAAUAUGUUAUUAGGUACUGCUGCUGGUACUUGGCUACUCUGGAAAUUAUCAUCACCUGCAGACUCAUCCCGAGAAAUAACUUGGCAAGGGUUUCGCACUCAGUUAUUAGAUAAAGGCCUUGUCGAUAAAUUAGUUGUAAUUAACCGUAAUAGAGUUAGAGUCUAUUUAAGACCGGAAGCAAGUUCAGUGGGAGUAUCUCCUGGUCAAACAUUCAUCUUUACAAUUGGAUCACCUGAAAGCUUUGAAAACAAAUUGGAAGAAGCACAAAGAGAACUGGGUAUUCCUUCAAAUGAGCGUAUCCCUGUUGCUUAUCGAGAUGAAGUGAGUGUGGUUCAAACGCUUUUACAUUUGGCUCCUACCAUGUUAUUAAUUGGUGUUAUGGUUUAUAUGACAAGACGUGGAAUGGGUGGAAUAGGUGGUACUGGUAGUAAAGGUGGCAUCUUUGGUAUUGGUAAAAGUAAAGCAAAGAUGUUCAAUCAAGAGACAGAUAUAAGUGUCAAAUUUAAGGAUGUAGCUGGCGCUGAUGAAGCUAAAGAAGAAAUUAUGGAAUUUGUCAAGUUUCUAAAGAACCCUGCUGCAUAUGAACGACUUGGUGCCACUAUCCCUAAAGGUGCCAUCUUAUCUGGUCCUCCUGGUACUGGUAAAACCCUUUUGGCUAAGGCUACUGCAGGUGAAGCUGGUGUUCCUUUUUUAAGCGUUUCUGGUUCUGAAUUUGUAGAAAUGUUUGUGGGUGUUGGUCCAUCUCGUGUUCGUGACCUUUUUGCCACUGCAAAGAAAAAUGCACCAUGUAUUAUUUUUGUUGAUGAAAUUGAUGCAAUUGGUAAAGCAAGAGGUAAAGGAGGGCAAUUUGGUGGCAAUGAUGAAAGAGAAAGUACCUUAAAUCAGUUAUUGGUUGAAAUGGAUGGUUUCGAUUCUAGUCAACAUGUUGUUGUACUAGCUGGUACAAAUCGUCCUGAUGUCUUGGAUCCAGCUUUAAUGCGUCCUGGUCGUUUCGAUCGUCAUAUUGCCAUUGACCGUCCCGAUAUCGGAGGUCGUGCACAAAUUUUUAAAGUUCACUUGAAUCCUAUUAAAACUAAUGUAGAUCUGGAACAGUUAUCUCGUAAAUUAGCAGCUCUUACACCUGGUUUCUCUGGGGCUGAUAUUCACAAUGUUUGCAAUGAGGCUGCUUUAAUUGCUGCUCGUAAGAUGAAAGAAGAAGUUGAAGAAAAAGAUUUCGAAGACGCGAUUGAACGUGUCAUUGCUGGUCUUGAAAAGAAAUCACGCGUAUUAUCUCCUGAAGAAAAGAAAACAGUUGCUUAUCAUGAAGCCGGUCAUGCUGUUGCUGGUUGGUUUUUGAAGUAUGCUGAUCCACUCCUCAAGGUUUCAGUCAUUCCUCGUGGAUCUGCUGCUCUCGGUUAUGCUCAAUAUUUACCUAAAGAUCAAUAUUUGUAUUCGAAAUCCCAGCUUUUAGAUCGUAUGUGUAUGACACUAGGUGGUCGUGUUUCUGAACAAAUAUUUUUUGAUUCUAUUACAACAGGCGCUCAUGAUGAUUUACAAAAAGUGACUAAAAUAGCAUAUGCCCAAGUGACCACAUAUGGUAUGAAUGAGAAAGUAGGACCCAUUUCUUUCUCUGAUCCUCAAAAUGAAAACCAAUUCCAAAAGCCUUUCUCUGAACAGACAGGAACUUUAAUUGAUAAUGAAGCUAGAAAGUUGGUUUUGGACGCUUAUGAACGUACCUUGAAAUUACUUACUUCAAAGAAGGCUGAAAUUGAGAAGGUAGCCAAGUUAUUAUUAGAUAAAGAAGUUCUAACUAGAGAAGAUAUGGAAAACCUUUUGGGUAAAAGACCUUUUGAAGAAGUUACUGUAUAUGAUGAAUAUGUUAGAAAGAAGGUAUGAGUCAAUUACUAUAUGUAUACAUAUAUGUCUACGACAUUAAAGCUAAAAAAUCAAUUAUUUUUUAGACAUCUUCACCACCACCUUUCCCUGAAGAUAACCCCAGUGGGCAGGUGGAUUCAUCUCGUUAGAACAUUUUUUUAUAUAAAGAGAAACAACUAAACCAUUUUCUUUUUACUACUCUCUUUUCCUAUUUAAGUAUGAAAUAGAUAAGAAGACUUGUGUUUUGUAUAAUGAAGAAAAAAAAAUAAUAAUAAUAAAAUAUUAUGUAGAUUAUGUAUUAUAAAGAUGUGUAUUUGGAAAGGAU